AUAAAAUUCGAGCGAUUAUCAGAAAUAUUUUAUCGUUUUUUCCAGGAUUAUAUAAAUAUGGAGAAAUCAAUUCAUCGUUUAGAAAAGAAAAACGUUCUAAAAAAAUACGAAUCGAAAAUGAUAUUUGCUGAUGGUAUAAAGAAAACGCUUGAUCAACUUGAAGCUACUUUUAAAGAAUUAAAGAAACAUACCGAAAAAGAGAAAGCCGAUGUUGAAAAUAUUGAGCAGCCAUCCGUGCGAAAUUUCCUAAAACAACAGGGAACGUGGAAUGAUCGCUUUGAUAAAGAACAAAAAGAUUAUCUUGAUGCGCUAAAUAAACAAGAACUGGCUGAAAAGGAAAUGGCUGGUGCGAAAAAACAAUAUGAAAAAGCUACUCAUAUCGCCGACAUAUAUAAGAAACACUGUGAUACUCUUCACGAACUUUAUGACAAACAAGAUCGUUUAUUAAGUUCGAUAUUUGGUAACGAUUAUGCGAGUGAAAAAGAAAAUCGAAUGGAAAAUGAAUUAGAAGAAAUAAUUGAGUGGCAGCAACGCGUUUCUUUAGCAAAAUUCAAGUGGACAAAUGCGCGUGUUCUUUUAGUACAUGCUUGUACACAAAUGGCAUUUGGUAUAGCCAGAUGGAAACAACUGAAUAAUAUUGAUGCUAUGAAUACAAGAAUGCGGUACUUCGCUGCAGCUGAAGCUAGAAAUAAUUUUAUAGCAGCUGGUCAAAAUGUUCAGUCCUGUCGAAUUUAUCUGGGCAAGGUGCAAUUUCCUUAUUGUACGAAGGAAGAAAUGUUUGCAAUGGAAGAAGCUUUAAAUAAUGCAUUUAAUGAUAUUGAAACAGACGAAACUUUAAAUGAUGCCUUAAGCGUAUAUGAAACUACUCAUAAAAAACUGGCCUCUUUAAUUCAAUGGUUUGAUAAAGUUAUCACAGAAACAAUACUAAAAGAUUUGGAUAAGGCAAAUAAAGAGAUAACAAAAAAACGAAAACAAAUCAGAACUGAACGAUUAGCAUUCAUGAAAAAGAAAGUUAAAGAAGAAUUUGGGUACGAAUUAAAGAUUAUUCAUGACAAGGAUGAUGAAUUGGAUAAAGAAUUAUUGAUUUUAGAAAAGGAUGAAGCCGAAGAUCAAAGCGAGAUACAUGGAAAAAACCUGUCGGUUUUUACUUCAAUUAAAAUUAACAUCGAUAUAUCUGAAGGUGACGUCAAACAAAAAUUAGAUGAAUAUGGCAGUACAAGAAAAGAAAUGGAAAAACGAAAUACUUUACAACGUGAAAAACAAGAAAUGGCUUUACAGGAAAAACUAAAACUUCGAGCUAAAACUGGCAAAAAGUCGCGAAAACAGCGAAAGCAGGACGUUACAACAGGAAUUCAGUCACAGACAGAAAUAAUGAUCGUGGAUGAAGAACAACUAUCUUCAUAG